AACAUGAGCAGCUCAGGACCAAAAACUGGUGGUGUACAAAGUGCGUGAGUCGCUUUGGAAAACCGGACGAGUCUCCUAACUUUUAUUGCCUUCUUUCUUUUGUUGUCAGAACGCCUGGAAAUAAGGAUUCCGCUAAGCCUAGGCUAAUGAGACUGGAAUAAAAAUGUCCUUGACAACAUCAUCCUGUAUAUGUGUCACCAUCCUUCUCUUGCUAUCAGGUGUUCUGGGUGUUAAAGAUUGGAAAGUUACUUAUGAAAAGCCACACAUCUGUGCCUUGAAAGGAUCAUCAGUGACAAUACCCUGCUCUUACCAGUAUCCCCGUGGUCAUAGAGUAAAUGAAACAUUUUGGACUAAUGAACGAGAGACAAAUAAAGAGCCUGAGGACCUGAAAAAGAAUUCAGAAUACCAUAAUCGUGUGACGUACCUAGGAGAUGUGUUUGAAAACUGCACCUUCAGAAUUGAAAAUGUUGGAGAGCGUGAUUCAGCAACAUAUUGGUUUAGGUUUGUUACAGAUAAAGUGGGCGGAAAAUGGAUCGGUGAGCCUGGAGUGACACUGUCAGUGACAGCUCUACAGGUGGAAAAGAGUCAACAAUCUGCGACGGGCCAAGCGACACUGACCUGUAAAAACACCUGCUUUCCAAAAGUCCAUAAUGACUAUGUUUGGUUUAGAGAUGGGAAAUAUGUACUCAAUCAGUAUGAGAGUGUUUUAGUACCUGAAGAAAAUGGAAAGUAUUCAUGUGCUCUGAGAAGAUCUGAGAAUGUUCAGUCUGCACCAGUUAAGGUCUCCAUGGAAUAUUCUCCAAAAAACACUUCAGUAUCAGUCAGUCCCUCUGGAGAGAUACUGGAGGGCAGUUCAGUGACUCUGACCUGCAACAACAAAGCCAACCCACCAGUGUACAGAUAUACCUGGUUUAAGAAUGGAGCUGAAAUUUCACAGAGUGGAUCACAGAAGAAUUAUUACACCAUCACUAAUAUCAGAUCUGAAGACAGUGGAAAGUACCGUUGUGUCGCAAGAAAUACACAUGGAACUGGAACUUCUGAAUUGUAUAGUGUAGAUGUUCAGUAUUCCCCAAAGAACACUUUGGUAUCAAUCAGUCCCUCUGGAGACAUAUUGGAGGGCAGUUCAGUGACUCUGACCUGCAACAGCAAAGCCAACCCACCUGUGGACACAUACACUUGGUUUAAGAAUGGAGCUGAAAUCUCACAGAGAGGAUCAUGGCAGGAUUAUGACAUCAUUAAUAUCACAUCUGAGGACACUGGACGGUACUAUUGUAAUGCAUCGAAUAGAUAUGGAACUGGAACUUCCACAUUAUAUACUGUAGAUGUUCAGUAUUCCCCAAAGAACACUUCAGUAUCAGUCAGUCCCCCUGGAGACAUAGUGGAGGGCAGUUCAGUGACUCUGACCUGCAACAGCAAAGCCAACCCACCAGUGGACACAUACAUCUGGUUUAAGAAUGGAGCUGAAAUCUCACGGAGAGAAUCAUGGCAGGAUUAUAACAUCACUAACAUCACGUCUGAGGACAGUGGACAGUACUAUUGUAAUGCAACUCAUUCACUUGGAACUAGAAGCUCUGCAUUAUACACUGUAAAUGUUGUGUAUGCACCAAAAAACACAUUGGUGUUAGUAACUCCUUCUGGUGACAUCAAGAAGGGUGCUACAGUGAUUCUAACCUGCAGCAGUAAAGCCAACCCACCAGUGAAUACCUACACCUGGUUUAAGAAUGGAGCUAAAAUUUCACAGAGAGGACAGAAUUACACCAUCACAAAUAUCAAAUCUGCAGACAGUGGGAAGUAUCACUGUGUAGUGCGUAACAAAGUUGGAACUGACAUGUCUAAUCAUGGAAUAGUCAACGUUGAUGGGAAUCAGGCAAUUGUCAUAGGGUCAGUUGGUGGAAUAACUGCUGUCAUGGUUCUUGUGGUUCUUAUUAUUGUUGUGUGCAAGAGCAGGGGAAAAUGCUCCAAAGCAACAAAAGAGACAGGAAGCACACAACAUGGAGAGCAGGAUGCAGCAAGCCCUGUGUAUGCCAAUGUCUCAGGAAUGCCCAUGAGACCCACUGAUCAACAGGAUUUGACACUAUACUCCACAGUUCAACCCCAUUCCAAGAGCAGUAAAGAUGUUCUGUAUUCCACGGUGCAGCAACCAUACUCCCACAAUGAGGAUGAGCUUCAGUACUGCAGUAUUCAAUUCCCCACUACCAGUACUGGCAGCAGGUCAGCAGUUCAACAGAUACAAGAUAAUUCUGUCAUCUACAGCACAGUUUCCAAAAAAUAAGAAACAAUUCUCUUUACAUAUCAGUUGUCUUGACACAUUUCAAUGUUUUCAUCCAUGUUUUUGUACUACAUUAUUGCAUCUGCACCCAUUUUACUUUAAUAUUAUAUGUUACAGCUUAUCUUUUGUUGGUUUACUAUAGUAAAAACCUC